UUUUGAGGCAGUCCAGAUGGGGACGCUACCAAAACGAAAAGAUAUUCCACCGUGGGUGAAAGCUCCCGAAGACUUGAAAGAUCCCGAGGUGUUGCAGGUCCAGACGCAGCUCUUGGAAGCUAUGUUUGGCCCAGCUGGAUCUCGAAUCCCGUACAUCGAGCAAGUGAGCAAAGUCAUGCUCGAGCUAAAGGUUCUGGAAUCCUCGGACCUCACCGAGAUCGUGGUUUAUGGCUCUUACUUGUAUAAGCUCAGGGCCAGGUGGAUGCUCCAGUCCAUGGCCGAAUGGCACCGCCAGCGACAGGAACGAGGGAUGCUCAAACUUGAGGAUGCCAUGAAAGCCCUAGAGCUAGGUCCUUGGAUGAAGUGAAGCCAGUUUGCAACCAACGUACCUGGAAUCAGGAUUUAAAGAGUAAACUGUCUCCAGAGCUGGAAUGGAUGUGGUCUGGUUGAAAUUCUCCUCCAGCCUGACAAGGAAAAACCAGCUGAUUUUUGGGUCUCCACCUUUGUCUCUGAGUUCUAAUGUGGCUCCCCCUCCCAGGUUUGCUAAUUAAAA